CUUGGACUGAAUUCGGCCAUUUAUUGUAGAACCAUCGCUUCGACUACAGUACAUGACAUUAAAACCCGGGUUCCUUUCCAACCAUUCGCUCCUAAUACAGCCUAAAAUAUUCUAAACAUUACAUUUCCCUCCUAAACAUUACAAUUCCCUCCAAUACAACCUGAAAUAUUUCAAACACAUCAGAUUACAUCUACAAAUAGAAGUUCUCAUUACAAACAAAACACUACAAAACAAGAAUGGAAGAAGCACAGGUCCUAGAAGAUCCUCCGGAUGAUCAACCAUGCGCAGAAGAUCAACCAGUGACACCUCUCGCAGAGCCUCCAGAAGAUCAACAUGUCUCCAUAUCACCUGCACAAAUGUUUGAACAAAAAAAUUGGGGGAGGGGGGGGGGGGGGCAUCAUUGCAUACAAGGCCUAGAAUACCAAAAAACUAAACAUCGCAUAGCACAAAAGUUGUUAGGCAUGGUAAGUGCAGGGAAACUUCAGAGGGGCGUUAUUAUUGAAAUAUCCAAGGAGUUCAAAGUGAGUAGAGAAACUGUCCACAGGAUCUGGAAGAAAGCAAAAGAACAAAUACAUGUUGGGGGUCAUGAACUUGCAAAGCAACUGGAAAGGUAAU